CUGAUUAGACCGGUUUUUACGGAGGAGGACACCGGGUUCCCGAACUCCUACCAGCCGUCUGAAAGAGAGGAACGCCGGCUUGUCAGGUUCACUCAGCGGAACACCGAGUUCAUCCUAGAAGAAGGUGAACAUUUCUGCCGUUUUUCAGCUGUUAGCUGUCAGUGUUUGAAGCUAAAAACGCUUUUAGCCGACAUACGAUCUGAAGUUGGAGUCUGAAUGAUACCUUCCUGCUAAAGGCUGUGUCACAGUUUUUAAGGAGAGUUUUCUACAUUUAAUCAGCUGCGGUUAAAAAUCUCAGGUGGAGGCGCAUUAUAGAACCGGGCCAGGACCGUGUAGUACCGCUGGAAGCAGGGGAGGGAGGGGGAGCCAGCCCGGAUCCACACCGAGUUACAGCGAGCCGGGUCAUCCGGACCGAGACCUCAUGAAUGGAAAUCGGAACAACAGGAGCCCACGCCUUGUUUACGUUGCCACGGCGACCCGGAUAUGGCUCCAUCGGAAAGCCCAUCAAGCUCCUGGCCAACUGCUUCCAGGUGGAAAUCCCUAAGAUCGACGUCUACCUGUACGAGGUCGACGUCAAGCCAGAGAAAUGCCCCCGGCGGGUCAACAGGGAGGUGGUGGACUCCAUGGUGCAGCACUUCAAGGUGACGAUCUUCGGCGACCGGCUGCCGGUUUACGAUGGGAAGAGGAGUCUCUACACGGCGAGUCCACUUCCUGUCGCCACAAGCGGGGUGGACCUGGACGUCACGCUGCCGGGCGAAGGCGGGAAGGAUCGCCCGUUUAAGGUCGGCAUCCGGUUCGUGUCGCUGGUCAGCUGGCACCUGCUGCACGAAGUCCUGACCGGACGCAGCGUCCCUGAGCCGCUGGACCUGGACAAGCCGCUCAGCACCAACCCUGUUCACGCCGUGGACGUCGUCCUGCGACACCUGCCCUCCAUGAAGUACACCCCGGUGGGUCGGUCCUUCUUCUCCUCCCCUGAGGGCUACGACCACCCGCUGGGCGGAGGCCGGGAGGUUUGGUUCGGCUUCCACCAGUCGGUGCGGCCCGCCAUGUGGAAGAUGAUGCUGAACAUCGAUGUUUCAGCCACGGCCUUCUACAAAGCGCAGCCGGUCAUCCAGUUCAUGUGUGAGGUGCUGGACAUCCACAACAUGGACGAGCAGCCGCGCUCGCUCCCGGAUUCACAUCGAGUCAAAUUCACCAAAGAGAUCAAAGGUCUUAAAGUGGAAGUAACCCACUGUGGAAGCAUGCGGAGGAAGUACAGGGUGUGCAACGUGACGCGGCGGCCUGCCAGCCUGCAGACGUUCCCUCUGCAACUGGAGAACGGCCAGACGGUGGAGCGCACCGUGGCGCAGUACUUCAGGGAGAAGUACAGCCUGCAGCUGAAGUACCCCCACCUGCCCUGCCUGCAGGUGGGCCAGGAGCAGAAACACACCUACCUGCCGCUGGAGGUGUGUAACAUCGUUCCCGGUCAGCGCUGCAUUAAGAAGCUGACUGACAACCAGACGUCCACCAUGAUCAAAGCCACGGCCCGCUCGGCUCCGGACAGGCAGGAGGAGAUCAGCCGUCUGGUCAGGAGCGCCAACUACGAGUCCGACCCGUUCGUCCAGGAGUUCCAGUUCCGGGUGCGCGAUGAGAUGGCUCAGGUGACGGGGCGCGUCCUGCCGGCCCCCAUGCUGCAGUAUGGCGGCAGGGUGAGCUCUGAACCCCUUAUGAACCGCACGGUGGCCACGCCCAGCCACGGCGUGUGGGACAUGAGGGGGAAGCAGUUCCACACCGGAGUGGAGAUCAAGAUGUGGGCCAUCGCCUGCUUCGCCACCCAGCGGCAGUGCAGAGAGGAAAUCCUCAAGAGCUUCACGGAGCAGCUGAGGAAGAUCUCCAAGGACGCCGGGAUGCCGAUCCAGGGCCAGCCGUGUUUCUGUAAAUACGCCCAGGGCGCCGACAGCGUGGAGCCCAUGUUCAGGCACCUGAAGAACACCUACGCCGGCCUGCAGCUCAUCAUCGUCAUCCUGCCCGGAAAAACGCCCGUCUACGCGGAGGUGAAGCGGGUGGGAGACACGCUGCUGGGCAUGGCCACGCAGUGCGUCCAGGUGAAGAACGUGGUGAAGACGUCGCCCCAGACGCUCUCCAACCUCUGCCUGAAGAUCAACGUCAAGCUGGGAGGCAUCAACAACAUCCUGCUUCCAAACCAGCGGCCGUCGGUGUUCCAGCAGCCAAUCAUCUUCCUGGGAGCGGACGUCACUCAUCCUCCAGCCGGCGACGGGAAGAAGCCGUCGAUCGCUGCGGUGGUCGGCAGCAUGGACGCUCACCCCAGCCGGUACUGCGCCACGGUCCGGGUCCAGAGGCCUAGGCAGGAAGUGAUCCAGGACCUGUCCUCCAUGGUGCGGGAGCUGCUGAUCCAGUUCUACAAGUCGACCCGCUACAAGCCGACCCGGAUCAUCUUCUACAGAGACGGCGUGUCGGAGGGCCAGUUCAGACAGGUGUUGCACUACGAGCUGCUGGCCAUCAGGGAGGCGUGCAUCAGCCUGGAGAAGGAGUACCAGCCAGGAAUCACCUUCAUCGUGGUUCAGAAGCGUCAUCACACGCGGCUCUUCUGCGCAGAUCGCAACGAGCGAGUCGGCCGAAGCGGGAACAUCCCAGCCGGAACCACCGUGGACACGGACAUCACGCACCCCUACGAGUUUGACUUCUACCUGUGCAGCCACGCCGGCAUCCAGGGAACCAGCCGCCCAUCCCACUACCACAUCCUGUGGGACGACAACUGCUUCACAGCGGAUGAGUUCCAGCUGCUCACCUACCAGCUGUGCCACACCUACGUCCGCUGCACGCGCUCCGUCUCCAUCCCCGCGCCCGCCUACUACGCCCACCUGGUGGCGUUUCGCGCUCGCUACCACUUGGUGGACAAAGAGCACGACAGCGCCGAGGGAAGCCACAUCUCGGGGCAGAGCAACGGCAGAGACCCGCAGGCGCUGGCCAAGGCCGUGCAGAUCCACCACGACACCCUGAGGACCAUGUACUUCGCCUGAGGGGGCGGUUCUGAUCCGACCGCUGAGCUGCUGAAACCUGAUCAGAACCGGAUUGCCGUCGCCUCACUGUGAGCGACCGCUAGAUCUAGCGUUUCAGAAGUUUUGUGUUUUUCUGCGACAGAAUAUUACGGCCAUUUUAGAGAGAAAAGAAGAGUAAAUAUCCGCCAUAAAACUCUGAGAUUUUGAGGAUUUUGGAAGAAACAUGAAAGAAAAAAGUUCUAUGUUGUUUCCAAGAAAAAAAAAACUGGAAAUUUCUGAGUUAGAAAAGUCAAAAAUUUGCUAUAGACUGCUCAGAAAUUGAGCUUAAUCUAAAGAAAAAAAUCUAGAAAAAAGUCAAAAGUCAGUUUUUUUGACACAAAUUUUCUGAGUUUCAAGAGUUUCUUAUAUUUAACGUUUUGAAAUUUUGAGUUUCCAAAGUCAAAAAUUUUCUACUUUUUAUACAUUUUCUC